AAUUAAUAAUAAAUUCAAACAGAAAUAGAUAAAAGAUAAAUAAAUAAUUUAUUAAAAUAUUUUCAAAUAAUUAUUAAAGUAUAUAACAAAAUUCAAAAUAUACAAUAGUAUAACACUCUCAUAAAUAAAUACUAUAUAGAUAAGGGAAAUUAUUCCUGGAGAGAAUUUUUAGUUUGGAUAAAUUUACCUGUAUAUACAUAUAUAAAUAUAUAUAUUAAUAACGCUUUAAAUUAAAUUUUAAAAAUGAUAGACUCAAUAUCAUCAAUAUAUGCUGGAUGGAGAGAUUUAAUGGACAAUAAAUCAGAUCCAAGAACAAGGGAUUGGCCAUUAAUGAGCUCUCCAUUUCCAACAGUAGCCUUAAGUCUUACAUAUGCUUAUUUUGUAAAGGUAUUGGGACCAAGAUUAAUGGAAGAUAGAAAACCAUUUCAAUUACGAGCAGUUUUAAUUAUUUAUAAUUUUGCACAAGUUGUAUUUAGUAUAUGGUUAUUUUAUGAAUCUGCUGUUACCGCCUGGUUUGCCGGUUAUAGUUAUCGUUGUGAACCUGUUGACACUUCGUAUUCACCGAAAGCUUUAAAGAUUGCUGGUCUUACAUGGUGGUAUUUCUUUUCGAAAUUUACUGAAUUCUUUGAUACAAUAUUUUUUGUAUUAAGAAAACGUUUUGAUCAAGUUUCAACACUUCAUGUUAUUCAUCAUGGUGUUAUGCCAGUAUCAGUAUGGUGGGGUGUUAAAUUUAUACCAGGCGGUCAUGGUACAUUCUUUGGUUUUCUUAACAUAUUUGUACAUAUCUUUAUGUACACAUAUUAUAUGUUAGCUGCAAUGGGACCAAAAGUACAAAAAUAUUUAUGGUGGAAAAAAUAUUUAACUGUUCUUCAAAUGGUUCAAUUUGUUUUAAUUAUGGUACAUUCAUUCCAAUUAUUCUUUUCAAAUGAAUGUAAUUAUCCAAUGUCAUUUGCAUAUUUUAUCGGAGGUCAUGCUAUUAUGUUCUAUUUCUUAUUCUCAAAUUUCUAUAAAGAAACAUAUGUUAAAAAAGAUAAGAAAAGAAAAGUAACAGAAAAUGGUCAUGUAAAACAACAUCAAAAUGGUUAUAAAAAUGGUUCAAUUACAAAUGGUCACAUUUCCAAAUUAGAUUCAUCAGAUAUAAAAGAAACGGAAAAAUUAUCAGCAAAUGGCAAUGUAGUACAAAAAAGAAAUACAGAUAUCAAUGAAAUAUCAAAUCCAGAUGGUAGUCUGAGACAAAGAGUGAACGGAGUAGGAUCAUAUCAAUAAUUUAUAUAUAUAAAUAUACAAAAUAAUUAAAUUUUUUUUUGAAUUUUAUUUUUAAAUUAAUAACAAUUUUUUUUUUUUUAAUUUGAUAUAAAUUUCUUAAUUUAAUUGUAAAAUAAAUAUUAUAAAAAAAAAAAAAAUAAAAUAUACAAAUUUACAAAUUAGUUAAUUAAGAUGAAAAUAAAAUGUGUAAAUCUUUUUAAUUAUAUAAUGUGUAUGUUAACAAUUCCAUUACAAAAAUAUUAAGGUUUCUCAUACAUAUUUAAAAGUAUAAAGUAUUUUGUGGCAGAAGUAGAAAAUAUAUAAGUUUAUAAUUUUUUAUUAAUUUAUAUAUAAUUAUGAAGAUGAAUAAAUGUGAUAUUGAAAUUUAAUACAAGUAAAAAACAAAUUUCAGUAUUAUUUUGUAACAUACUUUUAGGAACUGAUUUACCAUAUUAAAAAUUCCUGAAUAUACAAAAAAUAUUCCAACCUCAUCCUUAAUAUUUUGAAAAUUGAAUUUGCCUAAUUAUAAUUUCUUUAAAUUUGAUUUUUUUGUUUUGCAAUAAAUUAUAAGCAUUUUUGCUAAUUUUGUCCACGUAUUGGCAUUUUAAUUGAAAUAAGUACGAGUUUAAUCACAAAAGAUUAUAUAAAAUAAAAAUAUGUUUCCUUUUAAAAUUUUUAUUUAUAAGUUUUGAGAAAACAAUUAUUUUUUUGUUUUGUUAAUCCUUUCAUCAUUUAAUAAAAGUGUGAUUUAAACAAAUAAUGCGAUUUUCGAUAAUUCAAUUUCAAUCUAGAUCUUAAUAUAAAUCAAAGUUAUAAAAUAUAAAAAUACGCGGUUUUUGCAUUACAGAAAGUAAAAGCACAAUUCGAAAAUUGUAACUAUGUAUGCUUCAAAUAGAAAAUAUAUUACUACAAAAAGCUCUUAUUUACAGAAAUUUCGGAUAUUGGGCAACUUGUACAUCUGCAAAAAUUAAAGUACGUAUUUAGAUUUCGAAAACUUGUAAUUAUGCCAAAAAAAAAUUUCAUGCUCUAAGUUAGAACUUUAAGUGCAUAAUCUGAAUUAUUGGAAAUCCUAAAUGUUGAAAUGGAAUGCUUUUAAAAACUUAACAUAUCGGAAUGUUAUAGGAAGUAUAAUAUUAAAAUUAACAACUUUAAAAAAAUAAUGUAAAAUUUCCAAAUUUUCCAAAUUAUUUUGAUUUGAAAUAAUUAAUUUAAAAAUUCAUAUUAAUAAAAUAUUAAUUAAUCAUAAUUAAAUUUUAAGUAUUCACAAUUCAUGAAAUCCAUGAAACUAGAAUCUUUAAAUUUAUUACCCAACAUUUUAUAUUUUUUUCAAUAACUUCAAUGAUUUCACUUAAUAUACUCAAAAUACGAUGGGUAAAUGUUGCUAAAUAUUCGAUUAUUAAAGACCAAAAAAUAAACAACACUUAGUUUUCGUAUAUUGUAAUUAAAAACAAGAAUUGUAGAAAUCACUUUUGAACUGCAUCCGAAAGCUCAAUACAUUAGUCCUACUCUAAGGAGAAAGCAGAACGCAAAGUUGUUUAACUUCACUGUUUUCAUUUCUACUACGUAUCAAGAACUGAAUUUUUUACCAUUUGAAAUGUGUGACAUUCUUUGGAAAGUGCUUGAAUAUGGAACUUGAAAGUUUGCAAUUAAAAUCUUCUUUUUUACAAAAACAAAAUUUUCUCUGAAUUAUUUCCAAAAAUACAAUAUUUUUAAAAUCAAUAAUGGAAACGUUAAUAAGCACAUUAAAUUAAAAAUAAUAAUUUUAUAAUUAAUUGUAAAAGUAACAAUAAUUAUAGUAAAAAAUAAUACUACAUAGUAUAUAAAAUAAAUUGAUUGAGCUAGAAAUAUAUUAAAUAAAUAAUUGUAAAUUAAAUAAUAAUAAAAAAAAUUAAAAAACAUUAAAAAAACAUUAAAAAAUUAAAAAAAAAAAAUGAAGGAAAAUGAAAAAUUUAGUAGGUUAUUGAAAAUGUGGAUAUGUAUGCAACCAUAUACAUAGAUACUUAUAUACAAUAUUAUUUAUAAAUAUAUGCAUACAUAUAUAUAUAGGUAAAUGCAAAUAUAAUAUAUGUAAAUAUUGUAGUUAAGAAAAUUUAUAAAUAUGUUAAAAAAAAAUAUUAAGAAAAUUUCUUACUUUUAUUAAUUUUUCCCUUGUAAAUUUUUAAUACAAAAAAAGCAAACAAACAAUUAUGUACUUUGGUUUUAGAUAAAUUUUAAUUUUCAAAUUCAUAAAUAACUGUAUGUUUUCGAUUUACAUACAUAAUUUCACGUUUUUUAAAUAGUUUUGAUAAAUAUAAUUAAAUUUUUGGCCACUCUGUAUGUACUAACUAUAAAGGUAUUAAAUUUUUCUAAAUAUUUUUUUAAUUACUAUUUGAAUUUUUUUUGUUCAAAAUUAUCAAAAAAUUUAUUUGUAAAAGUCUGAUAAGUUGAACCAAAAAAAAAGAAGGAGACAAAAACAACAAAUAUGCCAAUUUUUAUAUGAAAUUUAAUUUAAUUUCAAAUAAAAAAAAAUAAUA